GAAGUAGAGGUAUUUGGCAUCCAAAAUAAAGUCCAGGUAAGACUGUUUUUUGCGUCUUAACCCUUAUAAUUAAUCUCUUGAAAUGUGAGGUCACAUCAAAUGCAUCUCUUUUUAUUGAUUUGAAGCCAGAUAUUGGAGCUCCAGAACCUUUACUAUACUGUGCUUAUGCAAGGUAAUACCUGUUCUUUAAGGAAAUCUCGACGAGACACCUUGUAUGUACUGAAAGUGUUAUUGGUGGUUAUUGAGUCUUGAGUCAUUUGAGUCAGACUGUUAAUGUAUGUUUUUGCACGAACAAGAGGAGCAAAUUAACUUGCAGAGGGACCCCUCGGUGGGGAAAACUGAUUAGAUAAUGGCUCCCUCCAGUAUUUUUAUUUGAUCAUUUUUAAUGUUGUUUGCAACUUUUAAGAUGACUUUUUUACUUCAAAUUAAGUGGCAAUGAAUUUGAAGUAUUUUUAGGAUUUCUGGGAAUUUAAUUUUAGUUCCAGUUGCCAACUUUGCCCAGUCAGUUAUGUGGUCACAGUUAGAUAUUUCCUGUAAAAUGACACCAUCAAUGAUUGUGCAGAACAAAUUUCAUGUGAACUGCUUGCAGCAUGUUAAACCAACUUACUCUCGCAUGAAUACUCAUAUUUUGAAGGUUGUAGCCGGAUGUGGUGAUCUAACAUUUCUGUGCAACUUGACACACUGAUACAGAUGAAUCAUGUCCUGAGUAUCAGGACAGCUGUUUGUGGAGCUGCUGAAGCUGUGCAUCAGUGAGCGUCUGAGUGACAGAUUACGAACAAGACAGUGACCAGCAUGGAUUUAAACAAGAAGUGCAUUUACACAGUGAAGUUGUUAUGAGUUUGAAUCCGACACUAUGCGGUUGCCAUGACGACGAAACGUCAACAUCGCCCCUGUCGGAGUUCUCGUGCAGUGGCUGUCCGGCUUCCCACCUCUAAAAAUGUCGGAAAUGUCUGCUAUGAACAGAAAGUUGAUACAAGCUCUGGCUGAGACAAUCUCAAAACAAGUGGAGCACUUCAAUAAAACAGAGGUGGAGUUCCUUAUUCGAGAGUUUAACGUGCUUUUGGGGGAGCCGACUGUUCCUAGCAGGGCAGCUAGCGGCCUGGACAGAGGGAGGUUCAGGAGCAUACUGCACAACAGCUUCGGCAUGACCGACGACAUGAUCAUGGAUGGAGUCUUCAGGACAUUUGACAAAGACAACGACAGCUUAAUCAGUAUGAAAGAAUGGAUUGAGGGGAUGUCUGUUUUCCUGCGAGGGACCAUGGAUGAAAAAAUCAAAUACUGCUUUCAUGUAUAUGACUUGAACGCUGACAACUACAUCUCCAGAGAGGAGAUGUUCCAUAUGCUGAAGAACAGCCUCAUCAGACAGCCCACAGAGGAGGACCCAGAUGAAGGAGUUAAAGACCUGGUGGAGAUCACCCUCAAAAAGAUGGACCAUGACCAUGAUGGCAGACUGUCUUUUGCUGACUUUGAAAAGGCAGUGAGAGAGGAGAAUCUAUUGCUUGAGGCUUUUGGAACCUGCCUCCCUGACACCACGAGUAUUGAGGCAUUUGAACAGCAUGUAUUUCAGGAACAACUGGAACAAUGAAGAAAUCACAUCCAUGUGCAUUUUCAACUAUGUAGUCUUUAAUAAGAGUGUUAAUAACUGUUUGCACUGUGAUGCAAUAUUUUGUAAAUAAAAAUA